AGUGUAAAAUAGGUAAGAGAAAAGAGGAAGGAUGAUUGAAAUAAUAAAGCAUGUCAUUUAUAAAACCACCUAAUACUGUCUUCAGUAUGAGCGGAAUUUAAGUUUUAUAAAUAUUUAUAGUAUACUAGUAGUCAGCUAUCUUUCUGUAAUACCUUCAAUAAAGAUUUUUAUGUGGUUUGCGGAAUGCAUUAUCAGUGCUUUGAAAAUAGUUCCUUGUAUUUCAGUGUUGUGCUUUGGAUAUGUUUUCUGAUUUUAAGACAUAGUCAUUUUAUAGGGAAUGGAAUAACAGAAAGACUAAUUUAAAAAAUGUACUCUGUACCUGUAAAGAAAAGCCCACUAUAAAUUGGUCAGAAAUAAAUGUUACCUUUGACUUCCUCCAGACGGAAGUGAGCAACACACACUGCAUCCUUGCUUCACCAGGAAACAACUGAAGUUCCUGGGGAAGCAAAGUAGAAUUUUAUAGGAACAAAAUGAAUGGAGAGGAGAAAAGCUAUGGUGGCUGUGAAGGCCCUGAUGCCAUGUAUGUCAAAUUGAUAUCAUCUGAUGGCCAUGAAUUUGUUGUAAAAACAGAACGUGCAUUAACAUCAGGCAUGAUAAAAGCCAUGUUGAGUGGCCCAGGUCAGUUUGCUGAGAAUGAAACCAAUGAGGUCAAUUUUAGAGAGAUACCUUCACAUGUGCUAUCAAAAAUAUGCAUGUAUUUUAUGUACAAGGUUCGCUACACUAACAGCUCCACUGAGAUUCCUUAAUUCCCAGUUGCACCUGAAGUUGCAAUAGAACUGCUGUUGGCCGUGAACCUCCUAGAUUGUUAAAUAAAAUAUAAUUGUAAAAAAUGAAAGAAAUGUUACUUUCAAAAAUGGUAGAGUUGAAAAGAUUAGCAUUUUUUCUUACUGUUUUCUGUCGAUUAACGUAAAUUUCUGAGGAUAAUUGAGUUGUACACAGAAAUUAUUACCAUUAGGAAACAGUGAAUUAUGUUAAAUAAGGCAAUAAUAGGAGACUAAUAAUGUAUUAUGUUAUAAACUGUUAGAAAUGUUGAAUUGGGGUGAAAUUGGGAAAGAGUAAAUCUUUUAAUAAGUAAUUAAAGAUUACUUGAAGGGACUUAAACUGGAGAUGCAAGAAAAAUUAUUUUAAGGGAUUGGUUCAUUAUUCUGCAGUUUCCCCAUGCCAGCAACCUCCCUUGUACACUUACAAGUUUGAAGAAGUUAGUGGCUAAAUGAAUGAAUUAUCAAAUUGAGUAUCAGAAAUUUCUAAAGUUUCGUUCUAUGCUUGUCAUUUAUUGGCACUUACCCCAAACAAACAAAUGGUUUUAGUUUCUCCGGAUGGAUAGCCCCUUUUGGUGUGUCAGUUUGAAGUGGAUUCUUUGGAAAAGGAGGAGAAGUAUGGGUAAUUAAAAUAAAAUUUAUCAUGUCCUAAGCUAAGCACUGUUCUGUGUGCCUUAAAUAUUCGUUCAUUUAAUUUUUCAACAGCCUUUGAUAAGCUUCGUACUGAUCUUAUGCCCAUUUUCAGAGGUGUAAAUAGAGACACAAAGAGAUUAAUGAUUUGCUUAAGGUCACACAGCUCUCAUAUGGUGGAGCUGGAAAUUUUAACCUUGUCACUCUGGCUCCAGAACAUAUCUCUAAAGCAUUAUGCUUUGCUGCUCCAGGAUAGGAUCUUCAAUUCAUCCAGCCUUGUUUCUGUUCUUAAGACUAGUGGUCCAGAUCUGAAUUUUUCACCUCUAUUUAGAAAAGCUGUUGUGCAGUGUUUAGGUUGGACAGAUUUAUUUUAGCUCCAGUCCACAGUGGCUUUUACUGUCUGAGAGUGCCAGAAGUUCUCAUAAAAUAAUCUUCUGUAAGCUCUGGCAUACUUGAACUUCUCCCCACCCCCUUCCUUUAUUUUAAAAGUAACAUUUUGGGGUUUGUUUUUUUUUUUUGGUUUUGUUUAGUGUAAUAUUCAAGUAAGUAUGAAGUUUAUGAGAUUCAAUUAUGUGCUUGCUUAAAAUUUACUCUCCAUAUUAGAGAUGACAUGUGGAAAAUAUGAGUUUAUUACAAAAUACUGUAGAAUUAAUCGCCAGUUGAAUCUACUCCAUCCCAUUAUAAAGCCACUGGAGGGUUUGACAGAAAACAAGGAAGCUCCUGUUUCAUAUUUUUUAAGAGAGCUAAUUGAUUGAGCUCUUAAUUACCUAGAAGAUAAAAGACAGUGGAUCUGGCUAUUUCUUAGUUGUUUCUUGCAAUUUCUUUUUAGUAUCUCCACAAGAGGGUAGCUAGGAAAAGAACUAAACUUAAAACUCAUUAGUCUACUUCAUAAUUUUAUAGCAUUAAUGAAACGCUAGUGGUCACUCCUUUUUAACUAUGAUGAACAUAAGGUGUGGCUAAAGUUUAUGUCAGAUUUCUCUAUUAUUACAAAUAAUUGUAAACUCGCUGGAUAUAUCAUACAUGCUCAAAUUUGUAUACUUCUACUAGUUUUGAUUACUGGAAAGACUCCAGGAAUAAACAAAUAUCCCAAGUCCCCUUUUUCCUGUCUCAGAUGGGAGUGAAGAUAACAGAGAGAUUGAAUGUAAUGCUGGACAUGGUUUUAGAUACUAUCAGUGUUGAUAUCUGAACAGACUAUUGGUUUCUUUUAAAUGUGCUUAAAACACAUUUGUUAGCUUUCUGUUGUUAGCCCUGUUUGCUUACAGUCUAUUUGAGAAAAAAGAUACUACAGGUUUUAACAAAUGUAUAGAUACUUCUUUGCUAUUCAGACUUGGAGAGUGAGUUUUCAAGUAAAAAUUGUUCAAGCAGAAGACAAAAGUGCUCUCUUUGUAUUAUCCAUUGAAAUUCCCAUUGAGAAUCCUAGUAAAAUAAAAUUUUCUCCUGAUUUACUGAUUCAGUCCCCAAAAGAAAUUAGAUUGUCCAUGUAGUACAUUUGAUUUAUGUAUUUUGAGUGUACUACAUUGUCCCAUGUAGUAUAUUUGAUUUAUGUAUUUUGAGUGAGUGAAUGAACAAACUAAGGUUUUGGUAACUGAAAGCUUUGAAAUUUUCUUAGCUAUGAGCAAGAUUAGAAGCUCAGCCUUAAGAAGCUGGAUUCUGAAUUUAUUUUCACAGAUUCCUUAAAGAUCGCUCACUUCCCCUGGAUAUUGCUUUCUGCUUAUUAUUCUUUAAAACUUAAUUGGAAGCAAGCAGCCAAAUCAAAUCUAACGAGGCUAAGUAAGCCUAUAUUUCAAUAGCCAGUGAGAAAAUAAGGUUAAAGAUACUGAUUCAUUUCAGUGAUUUUAAGGAAUUAAAUGAUAUUUAGACAUUCGUGUCCUGAUUUUUAAAAUGAGUGAGUGAUGUUUAAGCCAUCUGAAAUUCUGAGGCAGGCAAUCACAUCUGAUAGACACGUUUUCAGCAUAGUUGAAAGUUUAUCUCUUUGUGAAUCAAAUUGUCAUACUGAAUAUAAUGUAACUACUUUUUUAUGUCUCAGGGUCAUUAUGAAAAAUGAUUUUAAUACUGUGCUUAUUGAAAUGCUCUAAAACUUUUUGAGUUUAGAGCAUUAAAAAUGCCUGUCAAUGUGUGCUUUUUGGGUUCCUUUCAGUCUAAUUUUGUUUGCAGCUGCUUUAGUACGGUCGUUAUGCCUACUAAUCUCUAAUUGUGUUUUACCACCAUUAAUUUACUAUUGA